ACAAUAAUCCGUCGGCAAGUAUGGCGGGUCAAAACAUUCCGUUCCUUUUGAAUUAUUCUUGAAUUAUUAUAAAACAGUACAGGAAUAUAAAUAACUCAUAUUUGUAUUGAAAGUUUUGAUAAAAUUAAAGAAUUUUUUUGUUAUGCUCUAAAAAUUAACAAGUAACUAAAAAAGUGCCAAUCAACAAAUCUGUGCCAACUAUCACUCAGAUUGUUUUAUUCGAAUUUCAAGAUGAGCGCGAAAUAUCAACAUCUAAUUGAUAAUUCUCGAGAAAGUAGUUCGAAAGAGCUCAAAUUUUUAAAACAAGAUACUGACCUAGGAGAAAUACUUGAAGAUAAGAAUGAAAAAGCUGAAACAACCUUUGUUCCUCAAAAUACUCCUUUUACACAGCCAACAGCAUCGACUAAGGAAUUUAAUCCAGAGGAUGCACCGAUAGCAAAAAAGCCAAAAUUUAAAGCUGCAAGCCUUAAAUCAAGAUUAUAUAGUACUUCAUCCCAAUGUCGUGCUCUAGCAGUUGUUAAACAGAGAGAAAAGAACAAUCAAGUUCUCACUUUACCUCAUCCUCCUGGCUCCGCUAAACCUGAUGGAGCAACUGCAGGACGAUUACAUAAAGUUAGACGCCAAGAGAGCGAAAAACAUCUUGAAGACGACGAAUUUUUAUCUAUAGAAAUGUUUCGGAAGCAACUUCGAAAAGUCGAUUCUCCAACUAAAACUCCUUCAAUUUCGCCAGAGAAAAUGAAUGAUAAAGAGGAAAAUGGUGUUAAGAACGAGGAAGAUGAAACUGAUGGAUUAAAUAUCAAAAAAGUUCAUUUUCAACUUCAAGAGUUAGAAUCGGAUAGUUUAAGUUCAUUAUCCGAUGAUAUUGCAUUAACAAGAAGGAGAUCAUCAGCAAUUCCCGAUCCAACAAAGAUUUUAACACAUCUUAAAUCAAAUAUAUAUGAUGACAAGGAACCAAGUGAAAAAGAAUUUUAUAAAGCCAUUUUAAACAUGAGGAAGAGAUUAAAUUGGAGAUCGGAUUUACCAAGACACGGUCCUGGCUACAGAAAGAAAUUUGAAAAGUUAACUGAUAAAGUUUUCAUUAAUUCGGAUAGUGAAGAAGAGAAUGAUGCACACGAUCCAACAGCAGAAAAACCUAGUAAGAAAUUUGACAGCAAACUUAAAAUUGAGGAAGUUCUCGAUACGAAAGAUGAUGAUGGAGCGUUUGUUUACGCUUUGGAAAAAAAUAGGUAUGAUCCCAGAGGACGCUACUUUCCUUAUGAUUUAGAAGUUGUAUCUCCACAUUUAGCCAGAUCUUCAAAAUAUUAUUGGACGGGCUCAGCAUCCAAUAUAACUCUUGUUAGACCGGGUAACGAUUCUGAAAGAACUCCAGCCUUAUUAUGGCUAUUGGAAAGAAGACUUUUUCAUUUUAUCUAUAAUAUUCAAGUUUUUGUAAAAUUCAGGAAAUGGAAAGCUUUUCAAGUAUGGAAGAGCAACGUUAAAAGGGCUACUCAUGGAAGUAGUAAACUUGUAUUGCACAAAAUACUAUUCUGCGCAAAUGAAGUUCUUCAAGGUUGUCUUUUACACGUGAGAAGUUUAUGCGAGAGAGCUUCAGGUUCGCUGACAGGAUAUGGGUCUGGUGAAAAUGCAAUUGUACUCUUAAACUUAAGACGGAAAGAGUGCAUAACUCUUGCUGAUUUUGUAUCAGAUCAGAAAGUUCAAGGUGAAAUCGCCUUAAAACAACUAAAGCAGAUAGAAGAUUCAGUAGCCGAAUUAGUUUAUGAAGCCUGCGCUGUCGUGGCUGAAAAAGAAGGAAUUACGCAAGGUAUACGAAGUGAUGAAAAUUCCUCGGAAGAAGAAGCUGACGUAGACAACGAUGACGACGACGACAACAUCGACGAUGAUGACGAGGACAAGAAAAAAGAUAUCUAUAAAGCUAAACUAGAGAAAAAGUAUGGCUUUAAUAAGAAACCUAAAAAGAAACCGAAUGGAAAAAGAAAGAAGAAGAAACCUCCUUACGCUUUAAUCGUUGAGUGGAGGAAAAUACUUCAUAGAUUAUCAUUCUUCCUCCGUGCUAUUGACUAUCAAGUAUUGGAAUUACUUAGGAGAUUAGUUGUUACAGCUGGUGCUGAAAUGUCAGACUUUUUCUUAGAAUCCUUCAAAACCGGAAAUGAACAAACGGAAAAAUCUCUACAAGAGCAAAAUGAUGGAAUAUCUAUUCAAAAUGUCACUGGAUACUCUGAUAGAGAAGAAAGGGAUACAAUUAGAUCCUUCCUAUCCGCUGCUGAUCAAGAAUCACCUUCACUUAAAAGAACAACACCGGCAACUCCUCUUCCAUCAAUGACUAGCCGUCUAAGUCGUUAUCAAAAUACGAUAUCGCCUUUACCUUCUCCUCGAUCGGAAACGGAACGUAGCGAAAACGUUGAAAGCUUGAAUUUUAUUGACCAAGUUAUUAAGGAACUUAAUGAUGAAAAGAGGGUUGUUGAGGAAAAUAAACCUAUAAUUAGUGUUCAGUUAGUCUUGACAGUUCCGGUAGAAGUUAAAAAGAGAAAAUUAUCAAAAGUAUCAAAAAUAACUAACAAAACUGAAGCGAAAAGUGUCAAAUUUGUUGAUUCCGUAAGCGACGAAUCCGAUUCGGAGAAGGAUGAGAAAAAAUAUGAGAAUGAGGAAGAUGAAGAAGAUGAGGGUUUUGGAAAUGAAAAUUAUGCUUAUCCUGAGAGUAGCCGCACUGAAGAAGAAUCGGAAAAUGCAGAGCAAAUCGCUCACGUAACACUUUCACCUAGUGAAGAUGAAAUUAAAGAAGGUAUUUCUAAUGUCCUUGCUGGAUUUGAAAAUACUGUCGGCCAAGUUGUCUCUCUGUUAAAAAAUCCUCGUCUGAAAGCUUUUUACAUGCCACCGAAAUACGAUUUAACUUCCCAAUACGAAGAAGAAAAGAAGCGCGAAGAGGAAGAAGGAGUGAUUGAACCUCCUUGGCCUAAUACAGAUCUUGUCUUUGGACUUGACCUAGACUUUCAAGCUACAAUAACUGGUGUAAUUGAAUGUGUUGAGUCUAAUUUGAAUACUGUGAUAGAUUAUUCUGUACAAUUUGAUACAUUCACCGAUAUGGUAGAACAAGCAAGACACGUUAAAGUUGGAGAGUCAAUGGAUAAAAGAGAAUGGACAACAGAUGACUUUAAUAACGUCCUGUCGAUACAUACUGAUCAAGAGAGAGAAAUGCUUGCCAUGGAAAGAGAACGACGUAUAGGUUUUAUUCAAGUUGAAAGUGAAAACUUUUGCCAGAAUUGUCUUCCUUUUCCAAGAACAGUUAUCCAUGAUGUCAUUUGUCGAUUACCUGGCAUAGCUUGUAAGAGAAAUGAAGAGCUUUUAAAAAUUAUUAAAAGGGCUUUGAAAACUCUUGAUAGAACCCCGUUGAAUGUGGAAGAAUUUGUUGAAUAUCUCUCUUUCACUGCAAAGAUGAGUGCAGAAAUGAAUAAUCUUGAGAGGGAAUAUCAUAUUGUUACCAAAUUGUACGCUAUUGCCAAAGAUUUUGAUGUUGAAGUAGAUGCAGAGGAAUUUGCUCUUUAUCAAAUAUUAGGACCAUCUUUCCAACAUCUUAAAACAACUCUAUUGUGGGCCGAAGCAAAGAAAGAGGAUAAUAUAAGAAAGUUCAGUAGUGAACUAGACACUUUAAUAUCUGGAAUAAGAAAUAAGAUUAUUGAUAUGAAGAUAAGAGUUCAAGAUCCUUAUUUAUUAGCGGAGGAUACCCAUGGAAAAGUUGCCUUAGAAAAGAUUAAAUUAAUGAGUGAAGAAGUCACCAAUUUACAAGUUAAGACUAGAAAUUAUGCAAAUUAUCAAGAAAGAUUUGGAAGCUCUUUACAACCUUCUAAGAAAGAUGAAUUUGCUCUUAUAGAAAAAAAAGAAGAAAGUUCUACUCAAGAUCUACAAACGGAUUUGUCCGAUAUCGAAAGAGAUCUAAUGCUGAGGAAAUUACUCUGGGAAUCUUUAUGGGAGUGGGAUAAAUUAGAAGCGGAGUGGACUGUUUCAACAUUCGAUACACUUGUUGUAGAACAUUUGCAAAAGAAUGUUAAUAGAUUCACUCAAACAGUUUAUAUGCUUGAAAAAGGAUUGCCUUCUAAUGAUUUAGUACCAAAAUUGAAAAAGAAAGUAAUGAACUUCAAAUUAAUAAUGCCUAUUAUUGUAAGUUUAAGGAAUCCAUCCUUAAGAGAACGGCAUUGGAAUCAAAUUGAACAACUCAUCGGUAAAAACAUUUGGCAAGAUAAGGAGUUUACUCUUGGUCAUCUUAUUGAGAUGAAAAUCACCAAAUUUAAGGAAAAAAUUCAAGAUAUUUCAACUACUGCUAGUAACGAAGCAACUCUUGAAAGAAUGCUCCAAAAAGUUGUUGAUCUCUGGCAAUCUACUAUGUUCCGUCUCCUUCCUCACGUCAGCGGUAGCGUUGUUAUUAUUGCCGGAGCAGAGGAUAUUCAAGCUCAAUUGGAAGAGAGUCAGAUAACAAUUGGAACUAUUCGAGGAUCUAGAUAUGUUGGACCAAUAAAAAAUCAAGUAGAAGAUUGGGAGAGGCGUCUAAAUCUAUUCGCAAGAACUUUGGACGAGUGGAUGACUUGUCAAAGAAAUUGGUUAUAUCUUGAACAGAUUUUCACAACACCCGAUAUACAAAGACAAUUACCAAAUGAAUUCAAGUUGUUUGCACAAGUUGAUAAGAGUUGGAAAGAUAUUAUGAGAAAGACGGAAGACUCACCAAAUGCUUUGAAAUCAGCAACUGCUCCCGGCGUUCUUGAAGCUUUACAAGCAGCCAAUACGAAUUUGGAAAAAGUUCAAAAGUGUUUGGAGGACUAUCUUGAAACGAAGAGAUUGGUCUUUCCAAGAUUCUACUUUCUUAGUAAUGACGAGUUACUCGAUAUUCUCGCCCAAUCAAAGAAUCCCGAUGCAGUUCAACCUCAUCUUGGUAAAUGUUUCGGUAAUAUAAAAGAAUUAGAGAUAAGAACUGCACCUAGGCAACCUGCCACUGUAAAAACAAUGACAUCGGCAGAAGGAGAAACUAUCGAAAUGCCCAAAAAUCUAAGAGCAAGAGGUCCUGUUGAACAAUGGCUGGGAAGUGUUGAAAAUGGAAUGUUUGAUACUGUUAAAAGACAUUUAAAAGCUGGCCUACAGGAUUGGGUUGGUAUUUCUCACGAAGAAUGGGUUCUUAAGCAUCCAGGUCAAGUUGUGUUGACAGUGGCUCAAAUAAUGUUUAAUAAAGAUGUUAUACAUUGUUUAAAUGGAGCAGCCGAUGCAAAGAGUGAACUAAUUAAAUUAAAAGAAAAGAUGGUGGAAUAUUUAAAUAUUUUGGCUAAUUUGGUUUCGCAAAAUCUAAUAGUAUUCAGGAGAUUAUCCGUGAACGCUUUAUUAACAUUAGAUGUUCACAAUAGAGAUAUUAUAAACGAUUUGAUUGCUUUAAACGUUUGCUCAAGAGAAGAUUUUGAAUGGGCAAGGCAAUUAAGAUACGAAUGGGAUGAAACAAAGAAUAAUUGUAAUGUAAGACAAUCAAAUGCUAUUUUUAGCUAUGGCUAUGAAUAUUUGGGAUGCUCGCCUCGUUUGGUCAUCACACCUUUAACUGACAGAUGCUAUUUGACUUUAACUGGAGCUCUAUCCCUUAAUUUAGGAGGUUCACCUGCUGGGCCUGCAGGAACUGGUAAAACUGAAACAGUUAAGGAUUUAGCCAAAUCUAUGGGCAAACAAUGCGUCGUCUUUAAUUGUUCUGAAGGUCUUGAUUAUAAGAUGCUGGGAAAAUUUUUUUCUGGUCUGUCACAGUCAGGGAGUUGGUGCUGUUUUGAUGAAUUCAAUAGAAUUGAUAUUGAAGUUUUAUCGGUCGUUGCUCAACAAAUACAUACAAUAAAAGUUGCAAAAGAUAUGCAAACACCAAGGUUUAUGUUCGAGGGCAGGGAAAUCAAAUUAAAUCCUACUUGUGGUAUUUUUAUUACUAUGAAUCCCACAUACGCUGGAAGAGUGGAACUUCCAGAUAAUUUAAAAGCUCUUUUUAGACCUGUAGCCAUGAUGGUACCAGAUUAUGCUCUUAUCGCCGAAAUUAUGCUCUUUUCCGAAGGAUUUACGGCAGCCAAGAGUCUUUCUACUAAAAUCGUUAACCUUUACCAAUUAGCUUCUAAGCAACUUUCCCAACAAGAUCACUAUGAUUUUGGAAUGAGAGCUAUAAAAUCUGUUCUUGUUUAUGCUGGUAUUAAGAAAAGACAGGCUCAAUCUAAGGGAAAGAAGAAAGUUCUCAAUGAAGAGGAAGAAGCUCAUAUUUUAAUACAUUCGUUAAGAGAUGCAAAUAUGCCUAAAUUCUUAGCUGAAGACGUACCUUUAUUUGAAUCAAUUAUGGCUGAUUUAUUCCCAGGUAUUACAGUUCCUACGCAAGAUUUAGGAACAAUUGAAAAGGCUAUAUCAAUGGCUGUUAGAGAACAAAAUUUACAACUGUGGCCAUCGCAAAUAGAAAAAGUUAAACAACUAUAUUCACAAAUUAUGGUUCGGCAUGGUAUUAUGUUGGUUGGUCCAACUGGUGGAGGUAAAACAACAGUAAGAUCGUUACUCCAAAGAGCCUUAGUUCUGCUUCCAACUCUUUCCGAAAAUGAGGAUGAAGAUAUUAAAAGUAUAGCCAGUACAGGUUCUAGCAAUAGACGACAUAGCGUUUUCUUUCAUAAUAGAGCGAAAAAAGGCCAUGUGGAAGUUUUUACAAUUAAUCCUAAAUGCGUCAAAUUAGGAGAGUUAUAUGGAGAAACUGAUCCGAAUACUUUUGAAUGGACAGACGGUCUUAUUGCAUCGGCAACUCGAAAAUUUGCUAGAGAUUCAAUAAAUGUGGAAGAUCAGAAAGCUCAGAGUACAAAAACUGAAUCCGACGAUCUCGGCGAUUUGGAAGAUAAUUAUACUCCUAUCGAUCCUACAAGGCGUCGCUCGUCCAUCAUGAAUCAGGGAGCCAGAGGAAGCGUAUCUCGGAGAGGCAGUGAGAUGACAAGUAUUUCGGCUGGACAAGCACUUGUCCAUCAAAUGGCCCUUCUCGAAGGUAAUCCCGAUGCAAUGCCAACUGAUUGGAAGUGGAUUAUAUUGGAUGGACCAGUUGACACUAUGUGGGUUGAGAAUUUAAAUACAGUUCUAGAUGACUCUAAAGUUCUAUGUUUGGCUAAUGGAGAAAGAAUUGGUCUACCAAAUGGAAUGAGAAUUAUGUUUGAAGUGGAUUACCUAUCCCAAGCUAGCCCUGCAACAAUAAGUCGUUGUGCUAUGGUUUAUAUGGACCCUGUCGAUCUUGGCUGGAAGCCUUACGUUAAUACAUGGUUAUCACAAUUACCCAAAGAAUUACCAGAAGCUGGAAAGAAACAUUUGUUGGCUCUUUUCAAUCAUGCUAUAGAGAAAGGAUUGAACUUUUUAAGAAAAUUUAGAAAAUUCCAAAGUAUUCCAGCUCCAGACAUGUCGGCUGUAUGUUGUCUUUGCCACAUACUGACUUCCUUCUUUGAAUUUAUGAAAACACACGGAGGUUUCGGUUCAGCAGAUGAUGAUGAAUCGACAAGUACAGAUAUAAAAUCAUAUGAACCUCCAAAACCUAGGAGAACACUAUCAAAAAGGGAUUUGAGACGUCAAGAGGAGGCUGAUAAAGCACAGCAAAAAGAAUUUUAUCUGAAUCGAAAUCCUGGAAAUUUAACAGUUAUUCUUGGAAAACUGUUUGUUUUCGCUUUUACUUGGUCGUUUGGUGGAAAUUUGAAAAGACAAGACGAUUUGGACGAUGAUUUAGGGAUGAGAAUCAGAGAAAAAGAUGAUGUCGACGUUGCAUCAGACUUUGAUACUUUUGUUAGAGAAUUAUUCGAAGUAGAACCUCCUUUGGGUGUUCGGCUUCCAGCUUCUGUAAAGACAAUAUAUAGCUUUUUUAUAGAUUUGGAUUCAGGUAAUUUUAUACCAUGGGAUAAUCUAGUUCCAGCAACAAAUCAGCUAAUUGAGAGAGGGAUAUCCUUUUCUGACGAUGGUGGAGAAAUAGUUCCUACAGUUGAUAGUGUAAGAUAUUCUUUCCUAUCGGCUUUAUUAGUCCUGGGAAAAAAUCCUGUUCUUAUAACUGGCGAUUCAGGAGUAGGAAAAACGGCUUUAGUCCACUAUGCUCUUAAUCAACUUUCUAAAGAUAAUGGUACAACCUUUAGAAGUGGAUCUUUACUUGGAAAUGUAUUUAACUUUACCGAAAGGAAUCAGGCUUUGCUAGACAAUAUAAGCCUGCUAACGAAAAUGACUGACGAAGAUGAUAGCGCUCUGGAUGUAAUGCUGGGAUCUCGUCCAAAAUCGCAAAAUGUUCCUGGAUUAGUAACGUCAUUUCUUCAACUAAGUGCUCAAACGACAGCAGAUAGAACGCAACAGGCUAUUAUUCAGAAACUAAUUAAAAAGGGUAAAGAUAUGCUAGGUGCUCCUAAAGGUCGUAAAGUACUAGUUUUCAUCGACGACCUAAACAUGCCUGCAAUGGAAGAGUAUGGCUCACAACCUCCCUUAGAACUUCUCAGACAAUUUAUUGACUUGAAUGGUUUCUACGAUACAAAAAAAUUAUCUUGGAGAGAUAUAACAGAUGUAACAGUUAUCGCAGCGUGCGCUCCACCUGGUGGAGGGAGAAAUUCACUAUCUCAUAGACUUUUAAAGAAUUUUUCAAUACUAGCCUUACCAACGCCAUCUACAAGGUCAUUACAACAUAUCUUUCAAGUUCAACUAGGGAAGUUCUUUAACGAGAACGAUUUCCUAUCAGAAGUGAAAGAAUGCCUAUUUCCGCUUGUGUCAGCAGCUAUUGGAAUUUAUUAUAGAACCAGCUUUAGUAUGAGACCAACACCGAGCAAAAGUCAUUAUACGUUUAAUAUAAGAGAUUUAGCAUCUGUAAUAAAGGGUCUGAUGAACGCCGACCAAGUAUCAGUUGUGAACCUUGAACAAUGCGCUCUUCUAUUCGCUCACGAAGCAACGAGAGUAUUUCACGAUCGCCUUAUUGAUUUAGAUGAUAGAGCUUUAUUCUUCAAAAUGUUGGCCGAUAAUUUACACGAUUUCUUUAAAGUAAAAUGGGAAGCAGUCAAACUACAGAACGACCCAAUACUUUUUACUGAUUUUGCCGAUUCCGUUAAAGAUUCGACAACAGUUAGAAGUUAUAAAUCUGUUGUUGAUAAAAGCAAAUUAAGAUUAACUCUGGAGGAACUUUACAUCAGGCAGAGUAUUGGAACAACUAAUGCCCAGCAAAUAGUCUUCUUUAAAGAGGCUACUGAACAUAUUUUAAGAGCUGCUAGAGUUUUUAGAUCACCGGGUGGUCAUAUGCUUCUAGUUGGAUUGGAUGGUACUGGAAAAUCUACAACAAUUAAAUUAGCAUCAUUCGUAGCUAACGCUGAAUUAUUUACAUUGAAUUUAACUAGAAAUUACGCGUUAUCUGAUUUUAGAGAAGAUUUAAAGAAAGUUUAUAAAUUGGCAGGAGUUCACGGAGAAAAUACCGUAUUCCUAUUAACAGACUCUGAUAUUGUUCAUGAAUCAUUCUUAGAAGAUAUAAAUUGUAUAUUAAAUAGUGGAGAAGUACCUGAUCUAUUCGACAAUGAAGAAAUGGAUGGUAUUCUUAUGGAUUUAAAAACACCAGCUUCAGAAGCAAAUAUUACCGACACUAGAGUUGCUUUAUCAGCAUUUUUUAUCAAGAGAUUUAGAAGAAAUAUGCACGUUGUAUUGGCAAUGUCACCAGCUGGAUCAAAAUUUCGUCAAAGAACAAGAAUGAAUCCAUCAUUAAUAGCUUGUUGCACUAUUGACUGGUUCGAUGAGUGGAAUACAUCGGCAAUGUUAGACGUCGCGCAUGCAUAUGUUGAAAAUGCUGAUUUGAUUGCCAAUCCCGAAAUAGAUAAGAAUGAAUUGAAAUAUGCUAUUGGUCAAGUUUGCGUGGAAAUUCAUAAAUCAGUUCAACACGAGACAUUUAACUUCUUCGAAGAAAGAAGAAGGAAACUUUAUGUAACACCUUCAUCUUAUAUGGAACUUAUACGUCUUUACGAAAAGAUGCUUUACGAUCAGAAGAAAAGUUUAUGUGGAGACAGAGAUAGAUUGUUAAACGGUUUAAGUAAAUUAUCAGAGGCUAAUGAACUAGUUGGAACAAUGCAAGAAGAAUUAGUACUACUAGGCCCAAAAAUUGAUCAGAAAGCGAAAGAUACAGAAAUUCUUUUAGAACAAUUACAAAAGGAUCAACUAGCCGUUGAUCAAGUAAGAGAAAUUGUUGAAGCUGAGGAAGCUGUAAUGCAAAAAGAGACAAAUGUUGUUCAACAAUACGCUGAUGAAUGUCAUAAUGAUCUGGCAAGUGUUCUUCCUCUUUUGGAAUCUGCUUUACAAGCUCUAAACGCUUUGGAUAAAAAUGAUAUAUCGGAAGUUAGGUAA